AUGGCCGACAAAUACACCGUGAAAGUCUACUCUCUGAACGGAGAUCAACAAUGGGACAACCUGGGCACCGGCCAGGUCUCUUCCACAUACGUGGAGGAGCUCCAGGGCGUGUGUCUGCGGGUUCAGUCAGACUCCAGUGAAGCGCUAAUCCUGGAGUCAAAGAUAAAUUCAAGUACGCCAUACCAGAGGCAACAGGAGACGCUGAUUAUCUGGUCCGAAGCCGAGAACCACGGUCUGGCUUUAUAUUUUCAAGAUGCCGAAGGCUGUCAGAAGAUAUGGGAAGACAUCUGCCAAGCUCAAGGUAAAGAUCCAUCUGUCGAUUUGACAGAAAAUAUCUUAGAUGAAUUGGAAUUUGAUGACUUACUGGGAAGUAGUUACGUGUUUGACUUGCCGAACUGUGAACUGAGUAAACUUGAAGAGAUUUCUGACUUUGUUACCUCGGUUCUCCAUGAACCUACUUUUAAGGAAAGACUAGCUCUGAUCUUAGAAAAUGGAGACUAUAUUAAAAAUUUGCUGCAGCUUUUCCACACUUGCGAAAACCAAGGGGACACUGCGGGCUUACGCCAUUUGCAUGAAAUUAUUAAAGGCAUCUUACUCCUUAACAAGACAUCUGUGUUUAAGGUCAUGUUUUCUGAAGAGUGUAUCAUGGAUGUAGUGGGAUGCCUCGAAUAUGACCCUGCUCUGGCUCAGCCGAAAAGGCAUAGGGAAUUCUUGACUCAAAAUGCGAAGUUCAAGGAAGUUGUACCAAUAACAGACUGUGAACUUAGGCAAAAGAUACAUCAGACCUAUAGGGUACAGCACAUUUACAAUAUCCUUUCGCCGAUACCAUCCGUAUUUGAAGAGCAUCCUCUUUAUGGUCUUACAACUUUUAUUUUCCUUAACAAGAUGGAGAUAGUCCGCAUGCUGCACAAAGAUGAAAACUUUUUGUCUGAAGUUUUUGUGCAGCUAAGGAAUGAGACUCUAGAUUAUGAUAAACAGUGUGAGUUGCUAUUCUUCUUCAAGGAAUUCUUUGAAUUUUCACAGACAUUAGAGCCUUCAGACAAGGAUGCCCUGUUGACAACAUUGAUAGAUUUGGGAAUUCUUCCUGUUCUUAAAAUUGUGAUGGGCAGGAAUAAUUUGCAGGUCAGAUCAGCUGCUACUGAUAUAUUUACUUAUCUUGUAGAGUAUAAUCCAUGCAUGAUCCAAGAAUUUAUAAUACAAGAAGCCCAGCAGAGUGGAGAUGGUAAACUUUUCAUUAAUUUAGUAAUUGAGCAAAUGAUCUGUGAUACUGAUCCUGAGCUAGCAGGUGCUUUUCAUUUCAUGGGACUUCUUCGUACUCUACUUGAUCCUGAAAGUAUGCUGUCAACACCUAGUAAAUGCAAAAGAAGUCACUUUCUACAUUUCUUUUAUAAGUGUUGUAUGGAUAACUUAGUAGCACCACUUUUUGCCAUCACUUCAGAAAAUAUAUGUGAAGGGAAUACUGUAGUUGGAGCUGACAAAAACAACGCAAAUUGCCCCGGUGCUCUCCGCUUAAUGAGAAGGAUGAUUGGCCUUCGAGACGAACUUUAUAAUUAUUACAUCAUCAAGGGAAAUCUUUUUGAGCCAGUUGUAAAUGCUCUUCUGGAAAAUGGGACUCGGUACAAUAUGUUGAAUUCAGCUAUUCUUGAGCUGUUUGAAUACAUAAGAGUGGAAAAUAUCAAGUCUCUUAUUAAACAUAUAGUUGAAAAGUUUUAUAAAGUAUUUGAAUCAAUAGAAUAUGUUCAGACAUUCAAAGGGUUGAAGAUUAAAUAUGAGAAAGAAAAAGACCAACAAAGUCAAGUAUGGAAGCAUUUACGGCCCAUACUGUACACUGAAAGAUACCGCAGGCGCGUCCAAGUCUUGGAGAAGGAAGAAAUGUGUGAACAAAAUUCAGAGGAAGAAGAAGCAGUUAUGCCACCACUGGAAGAUGAUUUUCCAGAUCCUUGUAAUGAACCUAUCAAGCCUGAAAACCCAAAAGAAAAUGAAGACAAGGUAGAUCUUCCUCAAAGAACAUCUUCUGGGAGCUACCAAAUCCCUUCAUCCUACUCUGCUGGUGGUGCUAAUGAAACAAGUAGUCUCAACAGUAGCAGCACGUUUGCCUUAAAGGGUCUAGAUGAUGAAGAGAAAAGUGAAGAAGACGGAUCAUCACCCAAGAAGAAACCACAUCUUAGCUCGUAAAACUUUCAAUGUUACUAAACUCUACUUUACUAAUAUUACUAAGUUCUGCUUUACUAAUACAAAAAUUUUCUGAAUAUCCAUUAGUGCAAAGUGUGAAUCCAAAAGCUUUCUCAUUUGAACUUAAUAUACAGUAAGAAGCAAAGAUGCUCAGUUUUAUCUAGGAGGGUUUAGUUCUAUAAAAACCAAACUUCACAGAAUUUGAAAACACUAAAAAACUAGCCAGAAUCUGAAGAUAACUUCUUUGCAAGAAAAAUCUUGGUUUGGCGGGGGGAGGAAAUAGGUUGAUGAUAUAAUAUUAAUGUAGUUUUGUUUCAUGGGUAUGUUUUAAUAGCAAUUAUUAACACUGAAGUUGCAAAGCUUAUAACAUGACUGGUUCAAUGGUUCUGACUAUGGUUUUCUUUGUCUCAAUUGCCUUUUUAGAAAUAAGAGCUUAUGUUUAUAUGCAAACAAAGACAACUGUAAUAAAAAACAUUAAGCUAUUCACAUUUCUGCAAAGAUUUAACACCAAUUCAGCCUCUGAAUAAUUGGAGGGAAGUAACUUGCAGUGUGUAUUUUUCAUGAAUAAAAAAGAAAGCUGGAUUCAAAAUG